UGAUGAAAAUGGGUCUUAAUGCCAAGUGUGGAAGCAUUGAAGAGUCUCAUAAGAUAUUCAAUUCCACGAAUCAAAGAGACAUAGCCAUGCUGGAGUCACCACUUUCAUACAAAGAUCUUUGCAAAUGCAGUACUGCAGGGAGGAGCUUGUUCAGUGCAUGUAGAGUUUCAGGUCAUGUGGAAUUGGGAACAUAUGUUGCGAAGAUGGCAAUUUCGUGUGAUCCAAUUGAUAGUAGAUCAUAUAUAUUACUUUCAAAUAUUUUUGAAUCAAAAAGUAGGUGGACAGAUCUCAAAAGC